CUCAAGUGCAACAGCAGUAUAGCUGAAUCUUCUUGCACAGUGAAAAAGUCAGGGCAUCAUGGUCUACAAUCUAAACUUCUCCUCUGGAACUCCUGCCAAGACCAACGCAACGCCAUGGGACUAUGGCUACAAUAUAAGACAUUCCAUCUUCCUGAUAACCGGUAUGUGUGUGGGUCUGCCACUCGUGGGUUGGGCACUAGCUGUUCUACGCCGCCAUAAACACAACAGGGGCCGAGGCUCAGCGUUGGUCAUCGCGCUCCUCCUGACUGACCUCCUGGAGAUGGUCCUGAGCCCUGCCAUGGUGGCGUACCUGCUGGCGCCGGGCGUCACGCGCAGCGGCUCCGUCUUCCUGCUCUUCUUCGGGGUGAAGUACUGUGGUCUGCACCUCCACCAGAUGGUGGCGCUAGAGGGAAUCAUGGCCCGGACGUACCUGCCGGUCACUUCCCUUAGGUUCUGGCGACCCCUCUCCAUCCUCCUUUGUCUACUCGAGGGCGUAUUUCUCCUGCUGUGUGUGUUUGUUCACCCAUUUGCCCAGACGGCUGCAGUCACCCUCACCUGGCUGUUACUGGCAGUGAUACUACUGGGUGUCACAUGCAAGCUAACCUUUACACCAACCCCCACCCCUCCAGACUCCUCAGAGACUGUCCAGAACAAAGAUCGCACAGUGCUGGUUGUUGCCACUCUUAGCUUUCUCGCGUUGUAUGGUCCAUUUCUUGCAUUUCAGCUUACCCAGGUAUCAAUACCACCGGCUUCCUUUAAGAGACAUGCGAAUGGCAUAAUGGCGGCAAUGACGGUGAUCUAUCCAGCUGUUUACCUGAGGGUCCUCACUGACCCUCUUUUGUGUGUGCUGGUUGUCAGGGAACUUCCACUGGAUAGGCAACAGUAAAAACCAGUGUACGACUAUAAUUAAGGUUUCAGAAGGUGCAUCUGAAUUGCUUCUCAAAUGAUAUGCUUCACAAUAUUUUAUGGUGGAGAUUUUUAUUGGAUUAUUGCAUUGCUUGUUAUACACAUCCUUUAAAAU